CCGGCCACGGCGGAGGACGCGCCGCGGAGCCUUGUCGCUUAGGGCGGCCCGGACCGGAGAGAGCAGGUAAUCUCCCCGGAAUGGUGCAAUUUGAGGAUCGGAACUGCAGCAACUCGCCUCUGAAAUUCGGUCUGAGUAAAGUCCUGCACGUGUCGCAGCACACUGUCAUCCAAUUUCCUCCCCCUGGUGCUGGUGCUGCGGCCACCCCCACACAGUGACCCAGGCCUCUCCGUCGCCAGCCUGCACACCCCAGGGAAACCCCUGCGAGCCCAUCCGCUGGCACCACCCAGGUUUGGAAAAGGCUUUUGGCCCAGAAAUCACCAAGAGUUUCUCCAAAAUAGGACAUAAGUGUGCUCAAGCAAGCUCAAGAAAGCAGGAAGUGAGAAGAGAGUUACAGAUUGGUUGCUUCGAGGAAUGAAGAUCCCCCAAUCUGAUUGACUUUCUCAGGGAAGCUGAGCCAUCUAUCUCCAGAAAUGUCUUCGGAAAGUGAAGAGCAACAUGACCUUUCACCCAGGGACUCUGCUGAAGGAAAUGACAGUCCUUCAUCUGGGAUCCAUCUGGAGCCUCAAGAGGAAUCAAGUACUGACUUAAAACAAUUUGAAACCAAUGAUCAAUGCAGACCUUAUUCUAGAAUCCAUAUAGAGCGUCAAGAGAAAGCAAAUACUAACUUCAAGGAGUUUGUCAUCACAAAGCUGCAGAAGAAUUGCCAGUGCAGCCCAGCCAAAGCCAAAAAUAUAAUUUUUGGUUUCUUUCCUGUUUUGCAGUGGCUCCCAAAAUACAAUCUAAAGAAAAAUAUUUUAGGAGAUUUGAUGUCUGGCUUGAUUGUGGGCAUCUUAUUGGUGCCCCAGUCCAUUGCUUAUUCCCUGUUAGCAGGCCAAGAACCUAUCUAUGGUCUGUACACAUCUUUUUUUGCUAGCAUCAUUUAUUUCCUAUUGGGUACCUCCCGUCACAUCUCUGUGGGCAUUUUUGGAGUACUGUGCCUUAUGAUUGGUGAGGUUGUUGACCGAGAAGUACACAAAGCUGGCUAUGACACUGCCCGUAUUGCUUCUCCUUCAGGAGUGUUUUCAAAUGGGAGCACAUUAUUAAAUCAGACAUCAGAUAUGAUAUGUGACAAAAGUUGCUAUGCAAUUAUAGUUGGCAGCACUGUAACCUUUAUGGCUGGAGUUUAUCAGGUAGUGAUGGGCUUCUUUCAAGUGGGCUUUGUUUCUGUCUACCUCUCAGAUGCCUUGCUGAGUGGAUUUGUCACUGGUGCCUCCUUCACUAUUCUUACGUCUCAGGUGAAGUAUCUCCUUGGGCUCAGCCUUCCUCGGAGUAAUGGCGUGGGCUCACUCAUCACUACCUGGGUACAUAUCUUCAAAAACAUCCAUAAGACCAAUCUCUGUGAUCUCAUCACCAGCCUCUUGUGCCUUUUGGUACUUGUGCCAACCAAAGAACUCAAUGAGCACUUCAAGUCCAAGCUUAAGGCACCGAUUCCUACUGAACUGAUUGUCGUUGUGGCAGCCACGUUAGCCUCUCAUUUUGGAAAACUAAAUGAGAAUUAUAAUUCCAGUAUUGCUGGACAUAUUCCCACUGGGUUUAUGCCACCCAAAGCACCAGACUGGAAACUGAUUCCUAAUGUAGCUGUCGAUGCAAUAGCUAUUUGUGUCAUUGGUUUCGCCAUCACCGUAUCACUUUCUGAGAUGUUUGCCAAGAAACAUGGUUAUACAGUCAGAGCGAAUCAGGAAAUGUAUGCGAUUGGCUUUUGCAAUAUCAUCCCUUCCUUCUUCCACUGUUUUACUACUAGCGCAGCUCUUGCAAAGACAUUGGUCAAAGAAUCAACAGGCUGUCAAACUCAGCUUUCCGGUGUGGUGACAGCCCUGGUUCUUUUAUUGGUCCUCCUGGUAAUAGCUCCUUUAUUCUAUUCCCUUCAGAAAAGUGUCCUUGGUGUGAUCACGAUUGUAAAUCUCCGGGGAGCCCUUCGUAAGUUUAGGGAUCUGCCUAAGAUGUGGAGGGUUAGCAGAGUGGAUACAGUUAUCUGGUUUGUUACCAUGCUGUCCUCUGCACUGCUAAGUACUGAAUUAGGCCUGCUGGUCGGGGUUUGUUUUUCUAUGUUUUGUGUCAUCCUCCGCACUCAGAAGCCAAAGAAUUCAUUGCUCGGCUUGGUGGAAGAGUCUGAAAUCUUUGAAUCUACGUCUGCUUACAAGAACCUUCAGACUAAGCAAGGCAUCAAGAUUUUCCGCUUUGUAUCCCCUCUCUACUACAUAAACAAAGAAUGCUUUAAAUCUGCUUUAUACAAAAAAACUGUCAACCCUGUUUUAGUAAAGGCAGCUCAGAGAAAGGCAGCAAAGAGAAAGAUAAAAGAGGAAACAGUGACUCUGGGUAGACUCCAGGAUGAAAUUUCAGUGCAACUUUCCCAUGACCCCUUGGAGCUGCAUACUAUAGUGAUCGACUGCAGUGCAAUACAGUUUUUAGAUACAGCCGGGAUCCAUACACUGAAAGAAGUUCGCAGAGAUUAUAAAGCCAUUGGAAUCCAGGUUCUGCUGGCUCAAUGUAAUCCCUCUGUGAGGGAUUCCCUGACCAGGGGAGAAUAUUGGGAAAAGGAAGAAGAAAACCUUCUCUUCUAUAGUGUGUACGAAGCGAUGGCUUUUGCAGUAGGAUCUCAAAAUCAGAAAGGAAUAUGUGUUCCUAAUGGUCUCAGUCUUUCUAGUGAUUGAGAAAGUAGAAGGAAGAACAAUGUUUAGCUAAUAGGUUAAAAUUUCAAGUAUACAACAUUUUCAUCUUCCACUUGUACACUUGAAAUUUUAACCUAUUGGCUAAAUGUUAUUCUUCCUUUGAAGCUAAUGGCCUUUGCAUAUACCCAAAUGCAGCAGAACUUACAGUCAAACAGAAUAAAAAAGAAAAUACUGUGGUUUCAAGCUUUCUUGCAGAUAUGAAGUAUUCAGCUAUAGAGUAGCUCCAAAACUUAAUUACCAUCCUGAUUUAGGGGGCUAUACAUUUGGACUCUUCCUUCUCCAAGAGGUAAAGGGGUGAAGUUGGGAUUUGCAUUAGAAGUGCUUCUUUGCAUGACUCUGUGGAUAGGGAGGGAAAGGAGGCAGGGAAAGAGUGUUGUACCUGCUCUUGUACACGCAGGCCAAGAGGCUUCUGGAGCACAAGGUCAUAACUAGCCAAGUUCGUUCUUUCUUAUGCUUCUCUGUUCCCAGUCUUUGCUGCCCAGAUGGCAGUAGAUUUCUGGCUGUUAGUGGGAAAGCACCAUUCCUUUCCUUAAGGCAGGGAACUAUGGGUACAGUCUCAUCGGGAGUCUAAUGGCUGGGCAGGUUUGUAACAUCUGGAUAGCAGCCUGACUUUGAACAGAACACCUUUUGUAAUACAUUUGAAGUUUCUAGUCAUACCUUUUUGUUUAGGGUAAGUAGGUAAUCAAAGAGCUCUUCAACAUCAGAAAAAACAGUGGGAGUCUUCCCUUGUCUUUUCUGUGAUCUCUGUCCUUGCCUCUGAGAAUUUCUCUACCAUUAAGCUCUAUUGUUACCUUAGUGUGUUUCCCAUGGCAUCUGUCCUAAAUUGGUAUUUUUGAUUAUCAGUGACAAUCUUGCCAGUCAGCAAUUUCAUAUAGCAUUUUAAAUGAGCUUGAGGCAAACUGUCAAGGACAGAUUGCAAAAAGGAAUGGUUGAAGGUUUCCCUUAAGAAUUGUUUUACUUUGCAGUGAAUUGGAGUUUUUCCCCUCCCCAUGGCAUUUUAGCAAGGGUCUGCUGGGGAUUGGCCUUAGAAGCUGCUUUCUCAGAUAGAAGCUGCUGCUCAUCUUUACCCUGCAAAAAUAAUUUAUUGGAACCAAUGGAAAAGCAUGCACAGAAGUGAUAGAGUGCUUCCAAAAGGAUAUCAAUAAUUAAUUUGUAGAUGUUUUAGUGAAAACAAAGCUGAUGCUUACUGCCAUGCAUCCUGUUACUAUACAGUAAAUACUGAUGAUAGUGACAGCUUUUAACUUUUCAAGUCACCUAAAAUUAUUAUGCAAGAGGAUUUAGAAGUAUCACAU